AUGGCAGACCUCAACCGGCAACUACAGGAAUACCUGGCCCAGUCGAAAGGCGCAGGCUCGGCGGAUACAGUUCCCCUGCUGCCCACAGAGGGGAAGGAGGCGGCGGAAGCCGGGGGUGCGUCCUCCGUGGGAGUCUGGCUGGGCCGGGUGAAUCCAUUCCCAAGCCGGGGAGGCCUAGCGUGGGCCUGGCCGCGGAGUUCGGCGCUGCCGCCGGAGGAGCCAGAGCCGGGCCCCGGGCCUCCGUGCCUGCCGAGUCUUUCGCGCUGGCAGCGCCUGACGGCGAGCGGGGUGUGCUUGGUGCUAGCGGUGCUCUGCUUCGGGCUGGCCGCGCUCUACGCGCCGGUACUGCUGCUCCGCGCCCGCAAGUUCGCCCUGCUCUGGUCGCUGGGGUCGGUGUUCGCGCUGGCAGCUGCUGCACUGCUACGCGGGGGCCCCGCCUGCCUCCGGCUGCUGCGCUGCGAGGAACGGCCGUCCCGUGGCGCGCUGUUCUACCUGGCGGCGCUGGGCGGCACGCUGUACGCGGCGCUGGGGCUGCGCAGCACGGCGCUCACCGCGCUCGGAGCCGUCGCCCAGCUGGCCGCGUUACUGGCUGCGCUACUAGGCCUCCUACCCUGGGGCAGCGGCCCGGCUCUUCGCUACGCGCUUGGGAGCCUGUGCGGUGGUCUGGCCCGAACCCUGCCCGUGUGAACUGAGAUCCCCCGGGGCCCACUCGGAGACGGUGCCGGCUUCUCGCUACGAGGAUACCCGAGGCCCCGGGCCCAAGUCCCCGAAGAGCGUCUAAGCUGCAUGACGAGACGGCGAUGGUUUUGACGCAAGCCUAGGAGGCGCCACAUCGAGUAUUAAGGAACCUGGUAGCCUACGGACCAAAUCGUCCAAACUGAGUGGAGCCCAGGGGAUGCCUGUGAAAGGGGAGCGAGCGCCAACUUGGUUCCUCGACUUUGCUAUAAUUAAUCACGAAGAUUUUUCUGGUGAAUGGAAAAGAAUUCCCCCUUGAAGCAAGGACCCAGAAUCAAGAAUUAGGUGACUCAGUCAUGAAACUCAGAAAGUAAUCACCUCUUCUUGGACAGCAGGUUUGGGGCUAGCACCAGGAAAAACCAUUAAUAUAUGGUGAUCAAUUAAUUUCCAUUUGGAAAUCAUGCAAAACCCUUCAAAUGAAAUUAAUAAUUAUUAGAAGUUUAGUUGAUGAAAGGGUAAUCUAUGUGGCAUGUCAACUUCAUCUGGUAUCAUAACCAAACUUCAAAAUUUGGAGUAUUUUCUUUUCCAUUGAUGGAAUUUCUUUAACAACUCAACAGAGUUUUUAAAAGGUUGGAGAUAU